AUGGAAGGAUUAGAAUCAGUUUACGCUCAAGCUAUGUAUGGAAUGACACGAGAGAGCAAAACCAUGGAGCAUCAAGGAUCAGAUUUGAUCUGGGGAGGGAAUGAGUUAAUGGCUCGAGAACUCUGUUCUUCUUCUUCCUCUCACCAACUCAUUAACCAUCAGAGCUGUUUCAUGUCUGAUCUUGGAGUCAUAGGUGAGAUUCAACAUCAGGAACACGUUGGAAACAGAGCUACUUCGAUAGAUCCAUCAUCGCUAGACUGUUUGUUAUCAGCGACGACGAACAGCAACAACACUUCGACGGAAGACGACGAAGGAAUCUCUGUGCUUUUCUCAGAUUGUCAGACUCUUUGGAGCUUUGGUGGUGUCUCAUCUGCAGAGUCUGAAAACAGAGAGAUCACUACAGAGAUUACAACAACAAAGCCAAAGUCUUUGAAGAGGAACAGAGGAAACGGAGAUGAAGCAAGAAGUCAUUUCAGUCUUGUUCAACAUCCUCGAGAUGAUUCAGAGAAAGGAAACUUCAAGCUCAUAUUCGAUGAGAACCAAUCGAAGACGAAGAAACCAAGAACAGAGAAAGAACGAGGAGGCUCUUCGAACAUCAGUUUCCAACAUUCGACUUCUUUGUCUGAUAACGGCGAGCCAGAUGCAGAGGCGAUUGCUCAGAUGAAAGAGAUGAUAUACAGAGCGGCUGCGUUUAGGCCGGUGAAUUUCGGUUUGGAGAGUGUGGAGAAGCCUAAGAGGAAGAACGUUAGGAUAUCAACGGAUCCUCAGACGGUUGCAGCGAGGCAGAGAAGAGAGAGAAUAAGCGAGAAGAUUAGGGUUUUGCAGACAUUGGUUCCAGGUGGGACUAAGAUGGACACUGCAUCGAUGCUUGAUGAGGCUGCUAAUUAUCUCAAGUUCCUUAGAGGACAAGUAAAGGCUUUAGAAAACUUGAGACCCAAGCUUGACCCUACUAAUCUCUCGUUUGCUUCUCCUUCUACUGCGUUUCCUUUAUUCCACCCAUCUUUUCUUCCAUUGCAAAACCCUAAUCAGAUCCUUCAUCAUCCGGAGUGUUGA